UGCUCCACAUACAUCAUCUAUACUAACACCGUGCAGGUGGAUGGUGUAAUUACUGGAGGGGAAUCAGAAGGCGACGGCAAAGGAGAUGCUGCUGUAGAUAGCACAGGAAAGCCAGUCAAGAAGCGUUCCACCUUUGACCUCCUCAAGGACACAGGCAACAAACUGCGCAGUGCAUCCUACCGCAAGAAGGAUAAUGGUGAGAAGGACCCAGUGAAGGAGCUGCGCAGAAGAGCCACACUGAAGAGAUCAAACUCACUGGAUUCAGCAAGUUUCAGAGCAGUCAGCACUGAGGAUACAACAGACAACAAAGUUGCAAAGACAGAAUCUCCGAAGAAGGGCAUCCUGAAAAGACGAAACUCCUUCAGUCUGGGCAGUGCAACAACACCCAUUGCCUCACCACCAGAAACUCCAUACCAGACCAUCACUGCAGGAGAUACAAAGCUUCGCAGUGCCUUUGAGAAGAUGCGCAUGAGAAUGGAAAGCGCGAGUUCAAUGGAAUUCAAGCUCUCUCAGAUCUCGCUCUUCAAGUCAAAGAAGAAGGAUCAAAUUAUGAAAAAGCCAGUUCUGGAUCUGACAGAGGAAGAGAGAUCCGUCUGGGAGUUGAUGGAAUUGUCAAAAGAGGUGGACUUCACUAGAUGCCACAUUGACCCCGCACCAUUCCAGCUUGUUGAAAGAACUUCACUCCUCCGAGUUCACUCCAUGUUCUCUAUGCUGGGUAUUAACCAUGCUUAUGUGACUGCCAUUGGACGUCUAAUAGGAGUGGUGGCUCUUAAGGAGGUCCGCAAUGCUAUUGAUGGCCAGUACGUAGGUCAGACAUCAAAUCCAACCCCUCAAGUGAGCUCUCCCAAUACGCCCACCUCCCCCAUGCGCUCCACUCUUGUUUCAGGGACAUCUCCUCAGAGACUUUCUACAUUUAAUCCCGUCAGCUUUUCCGACCCUGAGGCCGGCACGCUGUCCCACAGGGGCUCUAGGACUCAGUUGGUCAAUUUUACAAAUGGUACUUCACACAGCUGAGGAAGUAAGAUUUUAGGAGAUUAAGGAAAUUGGUGGACACCCGUGAACUGUGAUCUAAGUCGUGAACCUUCGUCACUUGUCGGCAUCACCAGAGACAUUGACACCUGAUGCUGCAUUAUAUCUAUAGCAUGAGAUGGCAUGUGAUGACUGUUAAUUACCUACUGUGGAAAUUGACCAAAGUUGAGGACAUUCCAGUAUUUAUUUUCAAGCAGUGCUCUUGACCAUUUUGUGUUUCAGAACACUGUUAU